ACAACACAACAUUUGACACAAUAUAUCACUGUUUGUGAUCUUGGGAUCAGUUUGGCAUCAGUUGUGACACAAUGUUGUCUUCGAUGGUAAGCAGACAUCAGACGAAGCAGAAGGAGAAGAAGGAAGAGAUAGAGUCUAAACGCUUGGAAGCGAUCGACAGUUCCGUGGAUUUGACGGCAAAUCUGGUGAACCAUUUGAAUGAUGGAGUCGCCAAAACAUAUGUCAAUCAAAGAAGACUGGACUCGGAGUCCAAACAAUUGGUUCAAAACGUGACUCANUAA